GUCAGGUUUAGAAUAAGCUGGUGUGUGGGUUGUUCAUCAUUCUUCUCUUUCUUUCAUCUCUUUCACCGUAUCUCUUAGAAUUGGUGAAUUGGUUGAAUUUGAUUUUUCAUAUGACCACAUUCUUCUCAUUUGAGUCGGAUGUUUUGGCAAACUGAACGCUCCUUUCUUUCUAUUGCGAUUUCGUGCUUAUUGUUUUGGUUCUAUCCAACUCUUCGACCGAGAACACCUAUAAAUUAAACAAUCUAUACAUCGAGUGAGCGUUAUCAUUAUUGAAAGAAGUCCCGUCCUAGAGAAAUCUUCAUCCAAGCAUGCUAGGUUUUCUGCCCCAUUUGAAGGAGCAAGAUGAUUUGAUGGUGGUGGAAUCAACUCAUGUUUUGCUGUCAAUUAGGCACAAUGAAUAGACAAACUAGAAGUUGGAUGUAUGACCGCUACAAGGAAAAUGGUAGAGGAUUGAAAAAAGUGUUUGAAAAUGGAGUUAACGAAUUUAUUAGAUUCGCACAAGGGCAAACACGCUAUGCUGAUGGAAGUAAAAUAAGAUGUCCUUGUACAGAGUGUAAAAAUAACAAAUUUGUUGAAGGUGGUGAGGUUUGUUGGCAUUUAUAUACGCAUGGUUUUGUUGAAAACUAUUACAACUGGACUGCUCAAGGAGAACCAAUUGAGCCAGAGUUGUUGCCGCAAAACGUAGGAACGUCGAGGUAUGUUCCCGAUGAGAUGGCUAAUUGGGGAAAUUAUGAAGAAAUGGUAUGGGAGCAAAAAAUGCUUUAUGAUUUGGCUGGUCCUUCUACGUUUCCAAAUAUCCACACGGAUAAUGAUUUCAACGCACACAAUAAUGUGAACGAAGGACCAAGCUCAUCAUAUUAUGAUGUGGAUGUGUUAGGCACUAGAUUUCAAGAAGUGCUCAAAAGUGCGGACCAGCCUUUAUAUUCUGACUGUUAUGAUCAUUCACAAUUAUCAGCAGUUUCUGAAUUUCUUAACAUAAAGUCAGAAUAUAACCUCUCUGAAAGUUGCAUGUCCAAAAUAUUAGACUCAGUUGGUAGUAUGCUACCUCGUGAUCAUUGUCUUCCCGAUAGUUACUACAACAUGAAAAAGUUUGUUUCUGAGUUAGGUCUCCCUAUGAUCAAAAUCCACGCAUGCCCUGAAGGAUGUAUGUUGUUUUGGAAGAAUGACGAAACACUUAUCCGGUGUAAGUUUUGUAAUGCGGAUAGGUACAAGCCCAUAUCAGGUAUGACUCGAAAAGCCCGAAAAAGAUCUGCAGCAUCGAAGUUGAUAUAUCUUCCUUUAGCACCAUGUUUGCAGAGAUUAUAUGCCUCAAGCGCUACCGCGAAACACAUGACGUGGCAUGUAGAGCAUGACACUGAAGAAGGGUUAAUGUGUCAUCCAUCAGAUUCUGCAGCGUGGAAGCAUUUUGACAGGUGUUAUCCUCAAUUUGCUUUUGAGCCGCGCAAUGUUAGACUUGGGUUAUGUUCUGAUGGUUUUGCUCCGUACGGUCAAUUUGGAGGCCAGUUCUCAUGUUGGCCAAUUAUCAUUACCCCAUAUAACUUCCCCCCGGACAUGUGUAUGAAAAAUCAUUUUAUGUUUUUAUCAUUAAUGUGUCCAGGUCCUGGUAAUCCAAAAAAAAGAAUUGAUGUGUAUUUGCAGCCAUUGAUUGAAGAGCUGAAACAUUUGUGUGAAGUUGGUGUUCCUACAUAUGAUGUUUCGAGGGAUCAAAUAUUUAAUAUGAAAGCUGCGAUUAUGUGGACCAUUAGUGAUUUUCCAGCAUACGGAAUGCUCUCUGGAUGGAGUACUGCAGGCCUUAUGGGUUGCCCUGUUUGUAUGGAAAAAUCAAAUGCAUUUUGGCUAAAGAAUAGUCGAAAAGCAUCCUACUUUGACUGUCACAGGAAAUUUCUCCCACCUAAUCAUCCGUAUCGAAAGGAUAAGAAGUCAUUCAUCAAGGGUCGCAAGGACCGCGAUCCCCCACCUCCGAUUUUAACAGGAUAUCAGAUUUAUGAUCGUGUUCGAAACAUCCCUUCUGCCAUUGACGAGCCUCUUGAGUAUCCAGAUGGAUAUCGCAUUUAUCAUAAGUGGACAAAGAAAAGCAUUUUCUGGGAUUUGCCAUAUUGGAAGGAUCUUCUGAUUAGGCAUAAUUUGGAUGUAAUGCAUAUUGAGAAAAAUGUUUUCGAUAACAUUUUUAACACGGUUAUGAACUUCAAGGGAAAGACUAAGGAUGGCCUUUCAUCAAGGAAAGAUGUAGCUCUGUUUUGUGAUAGACCGGAAAUUGCUAUGGGCCCUGAGUAUGUCGGUCCAUUCAAGAAAGCAGUUUAUCAGCUCUCGGACGAGCAGAAGAAAUGCAUAUUGGAGUGGCUCAUCAAGCUACGAUUCCCUGAUGGAUACACUUCUAACUUUAAUAGAUGUGUUGACUUGGAAAAUUUGGUAAUGAAGAGCAUGAAGAGUCAUGACUGCCAUGUCAUGAUGCAACGCCUCCUUCCCAUUGCAUUGAAGGAAAAUCUCCCGAAUAAUGUGUGGGCAUGUAUUUGUGAUGUUUCUCAAUUAUUUCAGUUGGUAUGCUCACCGGUGCUAGACAUACAAGCAAUUCAGGAUCUUCACCGUAACGUUCCCACUAUUUUGUGCAAUUUGGAAAAGAUCUUUCCUCCAUCCUUUUUCGAUGGAAUGGAGCAUCUACUUGUCCAUCUUCCAUUUGAAGCAAUGACCGCAGGGCCAAGUUGGUAUAGAUGGAUGUAUGGAUUUGAGAG